AUGCAGGCUGAUGAAUACAACCGCAGAGGGAAAGAACUGAUCGACUAUAUCACACACUACCUGAGCACUAUCAGGGAGAGGAGGGUGAUUCCUGAUGUGAAGCCAGGAUACAUGAAGGAUGUUAUCCCUGACUCAGCACCAGUGGAACCAGAGGAGUGGGAGAGCAUUUUUAAUGACAUCGAGAAAGUCAUCAUGCCUGGGGUGGUUCACUGGCAGAGCCCUCAUAUGCACGCCUACUAUCCCUGUUUGACCUCAUGGCCCUCCAUACUCGGGGAUAUGCUCGCUGAUGCCAUCAACUGUCUUGGAUUCACCUGGGCGUCCAGUCCUGCUUGCACCGAGUUGGAAAUGUGUAUGAUGGACUGGCUGUGUAAAGCUCUGGGCCUUCCAACCUUCUUCCUGCACCAUCAUCCUGACAGCCGAGGUGGAGGCAUACUCCAGAAUACAGUCAGUGAGAGUACGUUGGUGGCUCUGCUGGCAGCCAGGAAAGACAAAAUUCUGCAGCUGCGAACAGAACUCAACCAGGAUCUGGAUGAUUCCAUCCUCAAUUCCAGACUGGUGGCCUAUGCUUCAGAUCAGGCACAUUCAUCAGUUGAGAAAGCAGGGCUGAUCUCUCUUGUGAAGAUCAGGUUUCUUCCAACUGAUGAACAGUUUUCUCUGAGAGGAGACACUUUGAAACAAACCAUACAAGAAGACAGGAGGAGGGGACUGGUCCCCUUCAUGCUGUGUGCCACUUUAGGAACUACAGGAGUAUGUGCCUUUGACAAACUUUCUGAACUGGGACCCGUGUGUGCAGAAGAGGGCCUCUGGCUCCACGUCGAUGCCGCGUAUGCGGGCUCAGCCUACUUCUGUCCUGAGCUACGUUGGUCUUUACACGGCAUUGGAUUUGCACAGUCUUUUGUCUUUAACCCUUCCAAAUGGAUGAUGGUCCAUUUUGACUGCACAGCUUUCUGGGUAAAGGACAAAUAUAAACUUCAGCAGGCCUUUAGUGUUGAUCCCGUGUACCUCAGACAUGAAAAUACAGAGGUUGCCACUGACUUUAUGCACUGGCAAAUUCCUCUCAGCCGACGGUUCCGUUCUCUCAAGCUCUGGUUCGUCAUGCGCUCAUUCGGAUUGAAAAACCUCCAGGCUCACAUCAGACAUGGUGUUGAGAUGGCAAGGCUCUUAGAGUCUCAGAUAAGGAAGGACCCAAACUUUGAGGUUGCUGCUGAGAGGCACCUGGGUCUGGUGGUCUUCUGUUUGAAAGGGGGAAAUGCUUUAACCCAGGAGCUUUUGAGGAGACUGACGAGGUCUGGCACCAUGUACCUCAUCCCUGCAGAUAUUCACACUAAACGCAUCAUCCGAUUUACAGUGACCUCACAGCUCACUACGGCAGAUGACAUCCUGAAGGACUGGAGCAUUAUCUCCAAAACGGCAUCCGAUCUCAUGGCUGAGAAUCCAGCAAUGAAUAACUCUAAACUUCUAAAACCAGGGGAAGAUGAGGUGAUAGAAGAAGAAAACCAAGACGACUCAGACGCUGGUCCGGACAAGAAAGAAGAUGCUGCCGUUAGCCUGAAAAAGGCUGAAGUGGAUCUGUGGAUUGACAAGGUGUGGAAUCUAUCAAGGAGACCAAUGCGCUCUCUUAGCUGUAACAGUGAGCCGCUGCCUUACUGUGGGCCGCUGUCAGGAUACAACUUAGAAAUCAGCCCAAAUCCAGAGGAUCCAGCAGAUCUCCUGUCUGCCCCCUCAGCGUCUGACCACGUGGACAAAAUCACGAUGUCAUCAAACCUUAUGGGUAAAGAGGUCCUCAAAAAGCUGACGAAGUUCUACAGUGUUCCCAGUUUCUGCAACCAGUGGGUGCAGUGCGGCUGUCACCAGUUUUGUCGUCCAGUGAAAGUCUCGCAGGGAACUCAAAAACAGUUCUCCUCCACCUGCAGACAAACAAACUGUACACCGUCGUCUCCCGUCACAAAUACAGCUCCAACUCCUACCUCAUGGGAUGCGACCGCAGUGCACAAGAUUCUGGAAUGAAAGCUGUUUAGCUGUUGACAUGUCAACUUACUUUCUGGUGUGUUAGACUUGUUCCUACUAAGCUGGAGUAAGCAGCUUUUGGUAAAUUGAAGAAAACUCUCCAACAGUGUUGCCACAGUUAUUUGAAAAGUUACUUUAUUAGUUACUUUAUACAGUUACUUCAUUAGCAGCUUUAUGCAGUUACUUUAUUAGUAGCUGCCAACAACAUGCAACU